UGUCAAUUAUGAGCUAGUUGGAUAUUCUUCUCGCUUUUUCCACGCAGUUUCUUGCGUCUCUCUUGAGACAGGAAUAAGCUAAAACGUAGUAAAAGUUUGCUUGAGCCCCAUUCUUUUUUCAGUUAGAAGCUUCUUUCUCGCAGGACGUCACGGAAAGGGGAGACCCUAACUUUACGUAAAAUGUCAAGUAAACUCCCAGUGGAGAGCUCAAUUAUUUGUCUUUUAUCAAAGUCCAGCAUGAUACUAACUACAGCAAUCGUGCUGUCUGUUUCCGUCCACAGAGACAGUAUAGGGGACACAGUGCGUGUGGUAGCCCCCUAUCACAGCACAAAAAUACACGCUAUACUGUCGAAUGAGAGUAUAAGGUUCCAGCUCAACUCGGGUCAAUACAUGAGCAGGAUCAUAGACGAACCAUUCAUCCACAUCACGUCCAAUCGCCCCAUCAUCGUGGUUAAAUUUUCCAGUAAUCCAGGAUAUCCAACAAUGACAUAUAUCAGCCCAACAGCUCUCUAUUCAAAUGCCCCCAAAAUAUUUGUUCCUUACGAAGCGAGUUUGUUCAGUUCUCCCACAGUCAAUGUCGUGGUCAUCACGAAGACCAAAUACCUGGGUUGUCUCAAAGUGGAGAACGCCAUAAACACAGAACAACACAACAUGAAAAUCACCGAUUAUGUCAUUUUGUACUACGAGGUCUCUGCAAGCCUGGCACAGCCAUUACUCGUGAUUUGUGACGACACGACUCUCAAGGCGCAUGCACAGUUCGCUGUGUAUCUUUACGUGAAUGACAUCUUGUCCACCUUGCAGAUGUCUACUGCUCCUGGAUCGGGGAUUAUCAACCCGGCCUGCCAAAUAACCGCGCAGACUCCUGGAGAUGGCGUGGACAAUAACUGUAACGGCCAUGCAGACGAAGAUCUGUGCGACAGCACCAACGUCAACGGUAACAGUUAUCCUCGUCGCCAACCUGGUCACAGGAUCCGACCCCACUGCAAUGUCGGCGCGCCUGCUGCCGGAUGACGCACAAGGUCACGAGUACUACGCCGUCAGUGUUUGCUCACGAAACGAGUGUCAGAUACAGGUAGGGUUUACACUACGAGGGAUGCCCAUUGGCCUGAUUGUGUGA